UUCCAUGGGCUUCCCUUCCCUUCUCGACUAUAUAAAUAGGCCCCCAGCGAUCCACAAGUUUCCACAAACACCAAAUCUUCUUAAUUCUCCUCAUCAAACAUCCAUCUAUCAUCUAUACACAUAGAUCGGCUGAUUGGCAUUAUAUAUAUAUAUAAUUAAGAUCGAAUGGAGGUGGUGGAGAGACUGGUCGAAGACAAGGCGGUGGUGAUAUUCAGCAAGAGCACGUGCGGGAUGAGCCACGCCGUGAAGACACUGAUAUCCAGCUUCGGAGCUAAUCCGACCGUGUACGAGGUCGACGAGCUGCCGGAGGGCCACCAGCUGGAGAAGGCGCUUCUCUCCCAGAGGAAGGUCAGCAGCUUCCCCGUCGUCUACAUCGGCCAGCAGUUGGUCGGCGGUGAGGCCGAGCUCAUGUCCCUUCACGUCAAGGCUCAGCUCGUCCCUCUCCUCAAGAACGCCGGAGCCAUCUGGAUUUAAUAUACAUAUAUAUAAUCAUCUCCAUCUCUACUAUAUAUAUAUAUAUAUAUUAAUCAAUUAAUUAAUAUUUGCAUCUUAGAAUAAUCAUCAAUAAAUAAUAUAUUGAGAUAUAUAUAUUUGAUCAAAUCACGUUGUUGAUGAAUAGGAUCAUACAUACAUACAUAUAUAUA